UGAAAAUUUUUCCAGUUGGCGAUGUGCCUGGCAAGAAUGACGAAAAAUGUCGUGUGUUCUCACUGCUCUAUUAGACGGCGAACGAGGAUGAGCUGAGUUAUUGUUCUGUCGAAGUCCGGCAACGUGAACGUGAAGGGGAGUCAACUACAAUGAGAUGAGUCACAGCAAGAGAAUACCAAUAUUGAGGGCCUCGUGAGGAUCGUGAAUGAAGAUGAUCUGGUAUCUUUCUACUAAGUGUUUGCAAUUUUUUUAUCAGCAACAUUGAAAACGGACGAUCCAUCUUGUUCUCGAAUGAUCCUCACAGUGACUGCGACUUUCUCGAGAUAUGUGUUUAUCCCACGCUUUUACCCACCUCUUUUCUUGAAGAAGUUUUAUGUACCUACUUGCUUACAAGUAGUAGAAGAAAAAUUUGUGUUUUCGAUUUCAUCCUCUCAUUCUGUUGGUUACGCAUACCCCAACGAGGUACUCGGAAUCGCUCCAUCAUAUCAACAUUUUAUCACCCUAAAUCCUAGGAAGAAAAGGUCUACUCAAGGAAGCUGUAGUAUUCGUUUUCGAUGAAUAAGAGUGUCCACAUAUUACACAUUGUUGUAAAUCACUACUUCAUUAUAGUCAACAAAUAGAUUCCCAAGAAAACUACUACAACAACAUCAAGUACAAGGAACAUCUCAUUUCGUUAAGCAGGAGAACAUCAAGAAAAUGGCAGCAUCUGGCAACAACCUCCUUCAGGAGGUGGAGAAGAUGGAUACGUUGUUACAAGCGUACCUAGAAAACGCGAAAGCAACAGGUCAAAUGGAGGUCCUCAAACGUCGGGAUGUUUAUUUAUGAUGGCAUAGCAGGCAUGGAUCAUUUAUUAUUGGAACUGGUAGUUAAUAUCUUCUACCAGUAACAGUAUGACGAGCUUGACAUGUAGGCUGUUGGAUGUGAAUAAUUUUCACUUAUCAGUAACAGGAGUAUCAUGAGUCUACUUGAAAUUGAAUUUAUAGGACCUCGAACAACAUUUUCCUUCUCCUCUCUUCUAAUUCCUGACCACCUGAUCGCAGAGGGUUGCCAAGACUCCUUACUACAGACUCGCAAGGAACAGAUUAAGGCCGAUAUUGAACGUUUCGUUCGCCAGAACUACAACAACGGGAAACCAAAAGAAGAUGUCGUAGGUGCUCCUCAAGCGGUGAAGCAAGAGGAGAAGGAGAAUGUUGGGGGUAUCAAACGAAAUGAAGAGGCAGAUGCUGGUGCUGAGGAACAGCCGCAAGCGAAGCGACAGAAAGCAGCGGCUGGUAACUCUACCUGAUGCGAUCGUGCUUGCUACUAGGCAUUUGCAAAUGAAUCAAUAUCAAAACCACGUUUGCGUAAUGCGUUUCCACCUCUGACCAAUACAACUACAUGAUCCACCACUUCACUCUUGCCCAGUGGGUACAAUACUACAUGAUCCACCACUUUUACCCAGCACCAGCCGAGAACGCCAAGCCUGAGCCGAUCGAAUUAGACGGAGGCAAACGAAUUACGUUUUCGCAAUUUUCGGGUAGGAACUUUGUGGACAUGCGAGAAUGGUAUUCGGAUCGAAAUUCAGGCGAACUAAAACCAGGAAAGAAGGGAAUCUCCCUUAGCAUUUCCGCGUACAAGAAACUGAAAGAGAAGCUUCCAUUAGUCGACAGCUGGCUAACCGAGGGUGGUGGUAUUGAUCUUAAUAGAGUUAGACGUUGAGAUGAACUGAACAAAAGGUACUACAAUAACUUUUCCCUCGUCUUCAAUGCUUUAUUCAUCAAGGAUGAAUUAUGCAACUACUCUUCACUAAACCACUACUCUUCACCAAACCAGCAUUUACUACAACACUUUCCCUCCACCACAUCAUCUCAAGCGUUAAGGUUAGCUAACCGAGGGUGGUGGUAUUGACUUAUUACUACACGUUGAGAAGAACAAAAGACUACAACAUCCGUCCCUUCUGCCCGUUCAUACACCUGGCAAUGACCAAUAAAGCAACUUCGAGUACAUCACUAACCUUCAUGUAGUAAUAUCUAAUACAUAACACUUCCCUUUUUACUCUUACAUCACUAACCUUUCUGUACUAAUAUAACACUGCCCUUACAUCACCAACCUUCAUGUACUAAAAAUAUAUCUUCUCUUAUACACACCCCUUGCACAAAUUCUACGCCCACCUCCACAGAAAUACCAGGUGACACUUGUUUCGCGGAGCUUGAGGGCCAAAAGCGCGUUAAGGUGGACUCCUUCAAAGGUCGCAUGCUCGUACAGGUUCGCGAAUUCUACGACGAUAAGACCACUGGUGAGAAGAAACCAGGCGCGAAGGGAAUCGCACUCACGGCAGCAAACUACGCUAAGUUCAAGGACAACCUGCAUGUCAUUGACUCUUGGUUUUAAGUCUCGGUCCUCUGACUAGAGAUAGAUGAAGUGAAGUUAUAUAUUUCGAAGUGUCGAUCCCAAUCAAAAUUCUCCAAUCUUGAUGAUGUUUAUUUCCACCUUUCCCUACAACUUUCUUAGUAGAAAAUAGAUAAAACUCCUGGUCCUGCUGGCGCCUUUAACAGGGUCGCGUAACUGCAGCAGGAGCAGAACUCAGCUGCCACGAUAUCAUCUUCAUUACCAAGAACCCGUAUGGCGUAUUGAUCAACACAUCCAAUAUGUGCCUGGUCAACAAGUAUGUGGUAUGCUCUAUGACACUUCGAUGAUUUCCACUAGUUGUAGCUUUCGCUACAAGAAGAAGAAAGUAGUGUCGACUGUUUCGGUUAGUUACGUUGAAACAUCAAAUCUGAUGAAGUCCACUAGGGUGAUUAUUUUUUCUUGUGUCGGAAAGUACUAGUCGGGGAAGUUGUAGUUGAGCAAUUUUUACCUAACUACCUGUUUGACUCAUCUGCAGGCCAUUUCCGAGUCCGACGAAUACUUUGAUAUUGCUAUCAACAUGAUACACUCACAUUUUCUGUAACAUUCUCAUAUUACGCUAUCUUUUGGUCUCUUCACUUGCCUAUCAAUGAGUAAUUCCACAAGUCAAUGCUUGGCUUUGGUGGUAUCCAUCCAAGUAUCCGAAGAAUCCCGUAGGAUAAUUAGAUUUCGAGUGGGCUAUCUCUAUCUAAUAUAUCUACAGGGGCUAGGGCUACUUCUACAAUAGGACGACAAUAAACUUGUCGGUGUCAUUGAUGAAAACGUGAAAAACAAAAAGACGAGGUGGAUGAUUCUCCUGUCUAAUAUGCUCAAUAAGCAUCGUUGAUCCGCUUCUGUUUGCAGCAGGAGCACUUCUUCUAGUACUAGAAAUAGUUUCUGAAGAAAAGGAUCAUUCAAGCACGAAUAACAGAUGCAAGGCGCAUUUCGGAAGUCCUGAAGAAGAAGUCCUGGAAAAGAAAUCACACAAGGACAGAGCUCAACUUUCCUGAGUCAGCUAAAGUUUACU